UGGGAAGGACAGCUGUUAUAAUAUGAUGCAGUGUGUUGCUGCUGGACAUCAGAUUGUUGCUCUAGCCAAUUUAAGACCUGCUGAAAACACAGGGCAGACUGAUGAAUUGGACAGCUAUAUGUAUCAGACAGUAGGACACCAUGCCGUUGACCUAUAUGCUGAUGCUUUGGAUUUGCCACUCUAUCGUGCUUUCAUAAAGGGUACCAGUGUAAAUACUGGAAAAGUGUAUACCACAUGUCAGGAAGAUGAGGUUGAAGAUCUUUACCACCUCAUGAAACUUGUUAAGGACAAAGAAGGAGUGGAGGGUGUAUCUGUGGGAGCCAUUCUUUCUGACUACCAGAGAGUUCGAGUUGAAGAUGUAUGCAGAAGACUUAAUCUUCAGCCUUUAGCUUACCUUUGGCGUCGGAACCAGGAAGUAUUGCUUAAAGAAAUUAUAUCAUCUAACAUUCAAGCUAUUAUCAUAAAAGUGGCAGCUUUUGGCUUAGAUCCAGAUAAGCAUCUAGGAAAAACUCUUAAUCAAAUGGAGCCUAAUCUUUUGGAGCUUUCUGAGAAAUAUGGAGUCCAUGUUUGCGGAGAAGGUGGAGAAUAUGAAACAUUCACUCUGGACUGCCCUCUAUUUAAGAAGAAAAUAGUUGUAGAUGAAGCCAAAGUGGUUGUGCAUUCAGCUGAUGCAUUUGCACCUGUGGCCUACCUUCAUUUUUUAAAAUUACACCUGGAGAAUAAGCAGGGUGAAUCUUCUGGUACGUUUAUGGUCAAUAGCUGUUCUUGUGAGGUAAGCUGCAAUGACGACAAUAUUUUCCCUUCGUCAGAAGAGGAUGAACCAGAGCAAAACAUUGCAGUCAUCUGGAAACCCUUGAAACAUAAUACUUUGGAUUUCACUAAGAUGUCUGGAAGUUCAGGAAAAUCCCUGAGUGGUUACCAGUGGUUUUCAGGUAUUGCUGCCCACUUCCUUCCAUCAAAAGGCAGAAGUGUUCAAGAGGCAGCAAGGGAAGCAUUUUCUUCUCUUCAAGCUAAUAUGACUUCAGAGGGAUUGAAACUGAAGGAUAUUAUUUUGGUCCAUCUGUAUAUGAAGAGCAUGAAAGAUUUCAAUGUCAUAAAUUCAGUUUAUGUGACAGAAUUUGAUUUGUGUCCACCAGCAAGAGUAUGUGUGGAAACCCUGUUACCUGAUGGAGUACUGUUUUGCAUUGACUGCCUUGCACACAUUGCAACAGAUGAUGUAUUACGUGAUGAAAAACUGGUCAUGCAUGUACAGAGCAUUUCCCACUGGGCACCUGCUAGCAUAGGACCUUACAGUCAGUCCAUCAAGGUUGGAGAUGUUCUCUACUGUGCUGGACAGAUUGCUCUAGUACCUUGUACAAUGCAGCUUGUUAGCGGUGGCAUAUGGACUGAGGCCACAGUUUCCCUCCGUCAUGUUGAGCGAGUUCUUCAAGCUAUGAGCCAGAAGACUGCACUCCACCACAUCAUCACAGCCAGCUGCUAUGUAACUGACAGAAAGCACAUUCCUAUUGCUCGCUCUAUAUGGCAGAAGAAAUUAAGAGAAUGUAAAAAGGUUGAAGAUUCGGAGCUGUAUCAUGAUGUAACUGCAGUGUGUGGGUUGCUUGCUGUGGUUGUAAUAUCUCACCUACCCAGAGAUGCUGCCAUUGAAUGGCAUGUUGUUGCAGUAGUUGAUGAUCCACUCCAAAGAAAACAUUUUGCAAUGAAGAUGUUGUCAGAGGGCUUCCAAAUUGAGUGUGAAUCUGUGGAGUCUAGUUCUGCAUCUUGUGUAUCAAUCUCUGUACGUCUGAGCUUGAUUUCACCAUCCACUUCUCAGCUUGAUUUAGAUGGACCUCUUCGUGACUUAGUUGCUAUGUUUAGACAAGCAGUUGAGAAACUUUCAGAAGACUGCCAUGCAAGUCCUUUGUCUUUUAGAGCUUUCUUCAAGGAGAAUGUCUUUGAUGCUGAAACACUACAAACAGGACUGCAAGAAUACCUUGAAAAAUAUUUGGGCAAGAAGACCCCAGCUCUGAUUUUAGUACCUGUGGUGGACUUACCUGGCAAGGAAGUUAUGCAUGUAAUGUGCUGGCUAAGCUAGCCGUUCAAAAGAGUGUGUGAGCACCGGAGCUACGUGACCAGCACUCCAGCAUAUAUCUGAGAUACUUCCAUAAAAGUCAACUGCAUGGCAGUGUGUUUACAUUGGGGUGACUAAGACGUGGACUUAGCACUCCAGUUUCAUUUCUUUACCCACUACAUGAUUUGACCUGGGCAGCAGCUGAAACAAAACCAGUGACCAUAAGAGGAUCUUCCUCUGUUAGAUACAGUUUGUAUGUCCAGCAUACUAUACUAUACUGAUGAUUACUUGAAAAUAGAGACUGUUAAAUGUUGUUUUCCUUACUAUUACAUCAAGUAAUGUAGCAGAGCUGACAUCUUCAUUAGUAAGAAUUACUUUUCUCACAGUUAGUCAAGUAUUUUUGGAAGGGAAAAGGCAAAGAGCUUUUUAUGUGUCAGUGUAUAAACACAUGGAUGCAUUAAAUUAAAUUUCUUGAGAAAAAAGGGAAGAAUCCAUUAACAAUACAUUAGUUCAUUAGCAUUCAGUAUCAUUUUUAGGCUAGACUUAAACAUAUUCGAUUCUUGUUCUUUCCUAUGAUCAGAAAAUAACUUUUUAAUACCUGGAUGUGUCUGUUUUGUUUGAAUUCUACUCUUUUAGAAGGCCAAAUUAUUUUCUUACUUCUCCCUCGAAAUACCAGCAUUUUCAUUCUCUCAGUGUAAAGUGUCCACAGACCAGAAACACAAGCUGGACUGAAGCAGAGAUGAGGAUGAAGCUUAAUGUUUCAUCAAUACAUAUGGAAGCCAAAUAGAUGGUGUGUUUGACUGUGUCUCUUGUAGCAGUCAUUUUUUUCAUACUUUAAAAAAGAUACCUAAACAUGUUGAUCUUGGCAUUUGUACUGUAGUGUGUUUUUAAGGUGGUAGGUUAUUUGCUCCGAAAGAAACCAGCUUUUCCUGGAAGUUUUCCUGCAAGAUUCAUGGCUCAAACUAUCCUCCUUUUCCCCAGCAGAGGUGUAUUGAAAAAUGGUAAGAGAAUACAUUGGUCUGAAAAACAGUGUGAUCAUUUUUUUUUUUCUCACCAGAAAGCAAACCUUUUUAUGUUUUUUAGACAACUAGAACUUCAAUGGGUUUACUUUGUGAAUAGCUAAAAAAUAAUAGCUUGCUGACUUUUUCUCCUUGAGAGGCUUCAUACAGCUUCUAAGUGGUGUGAAUAACUAAAACUGUAAGCUGGGUCUGCGGUGUUUUAAGUACGAACAAUGCAAUUUGUUUAACAUUUGAUAGGCAAGGUAGGUGAGUAAAGUGCUGCUCCAUAUAGAGACCUAAGACUUUUGUGAUAGAAUUAACAUUUUAUCUGGCUUAUGCUGCCAUACUUGCAUCAUAAUUACUGGAUCCUACUGUGAAUAAGUUAUUUCACAGAGCUCUUGUUCACUUUGUAACAAAAGUGCUAGCUGAAGAUGGGAGGUGGGGAGAUGGGUGUGCACACAUGCACACACACACAAUGUGUUUUAGUGAAAAGAGGAAACGACAUCUAAUACUCAAAAUUUAUAGAUGCAGGGUUUGUUGGGGUUUUUUUCAUGACUAGCUUUGCUGAGUGUUUACCCCAGCAGGUUUUAAUCUUGAGACUAUAAAUUGACAUACUGUGCUAAGGCACUGGUUUUGAGGACUUCAUAUAUAUACACAAAUGCUUUCUGUUUCUCUGAUUUUUACUAAGACUGCAGGAAAAUGUUUUGUAUGUAUAUUAUGACACAAAGAGUUGGCUGAUCUAGGUUCAAGCACUCAGAAGACAUAUGUAAUAGGUUGGAAAAUAUCUUUUAAAAUGUAACCUGAGGUUUAAAUUUUUCCUUUCUCUGCUGUAACAAGUGUUAGAAUAUGGCUUAUACAUCUUUUUUAUUUUUUUUUCCAAAAUAAUUCUAAGUAUUUUUAUAGUUCUCUGUGUCAGUGAAAUUUUGUUUCCUGCCUCCUUUAAAAAAUCUGUAUAUCAAUUUCUUUAAUUGCUUGAAGCAUGUUAAAGUGAACUGACCAAAUGGGACUGCAAGACCAAAACUGAUUUAAUAACUUUGCGUUUUACUCAUUUCAAAACCCAGUGAUGGCUACAGUACCAGUGAGCCUUUACAAUGCACAUGGCUAAGCUGCUAUAAAGGCACCGGAGCUGAUCUUCCUAAAUAGAUUUUAAAAUGACAUUGAGAUAUUUUAAGCAGACAUUAUUUAAUUUUUUUCCCUGUGAGUUUUAUAGUUAGGUGAUUCAGGAGCUGAUUUGUUAUACCAUAUAGCAUGGGUGCAUCUUUCCUCUUAUCCUUCAGAAGUCUGAUGGGCAUUGGAAGCAGGAUGUCUCCUGAGUAUUAGAGAGGUGAUCUGAAGCAGCUCUUCUUCAAGGACAUCCUGUUCAAUCCAUUAUCUCCUGUCAAUGUGCAGUAGUCUAGUCUAUCAAAAUACAGUGAUUGAAUAAAACUUUUAUUUCAAAUAAAUGAAUGCAUUGAUUUAAUAAAAGAUUUGUACUGCAUGGUAUAAUAGUUCUCUAAAUGAACACUGAAAUCCUAAAAUACAGAAACUUUUCAUGUGUCCAAGUUAAAUCUUUGUUACUUCUUUCAGGAUGGGUUUGCUGAAGCAAACCUGGUUUAUUUUGUAUGUUAAAGUAAAACUAUCCUGAGUUCUCAGAGUACUAACUGGCACUUAUAAUAAGUAACCUGUUUUUACUAUUAUAAAUGUCUGGCAUUGGGAAUACAUAUUAAGAAUACUUGACAAUUUACUAAUUUAUGAUCUCUUUAGUUGUAUUUUAAUAUUUUUGGCAAGUCAGC